AUGUUGAAACCUAAUACUUUUACCAAAGAAGAAAAACAAGAAAAAACUAAAGAAAAUACUGAUGAGAAAGAUGAUACAGUGGAAGAAGUAAAAAGAGAGAACCCCAAUGCUUUUUUACUGGCACUUAAUGCUGUUAACGAUUGGUAG